AUGGCCUUCACCAUCCGCGCCAUACCAUUCACAACCCAGAGCGCCAGUAUGUGCUACACUUACACUGAAUACAAGUACUGCGCCCAAGGUCCCCGCUGCCGCGGGGGCUAUGGCUGGGUCAAUAGUCAGGGCCAAUCCUACGCCAAGUCCUACGCACAGUUCGUGCGCAUUCGUCGUUGCUCCAACUUUGAGCGCGGCUAUGACUGCCGCCAAAGAAGGUCUUUGGGACCUGGCUCCGAGACCAAGACCAGUGAGGAGACUUGCCUUAUUUGCCAACUCUGGUAAAGCUCAAAGCCGCCUGCGCCACUCAAUGGCAUACCUAGGACCAAAAGCAGCAGAGUGAACGAAUUCGACACGAAAUGGUACUUGAGUGAUAGGAGGGGUGUGGAGAGAUUGUUGAAAUCUUCCAACGUACCUCUACAGAAGGAAUCAGCGAACGGAAGGAAAGAUGAGGGUCAAAUUCACAGUUGGGUGUGGAAGGCAGUCGAUAGGGCUGUGUUUGUACUCGUAAGAUUUCCGUACAGCGCCUGGAUUCACACAAUUUAGAU